AUGACAUUAAUAUCAAUAAUAAAAAAAAAUUUAAUUGGUGUGAUAAUAAUACUUGCAAUUGGACUACAUAUAACAUUAAUAUAUAAAUAUUCAACAUUCAGUUUUAUAAAUAAUAAAAAUAAUAGGAAUAAUUUACCACCACAACAUCAACAACCUUCAAAUAUUCAACAUAAUAUUCAACAUGAUAUUCAUCAAAAACCACAUUAUUCAAAUAAACAAUCACAAAAAACUCAACAACAAAAUGAAUCACCAUUAGAAGGUCAAAAAUUUAUUUAUUCAAAACAAAAGGAAAAGAUUUUAAAAUAUAUCGAUUAUAAACAAUUUGGUUUAUUUAAUGGUGGUGGAGGUGUUAUAGUUAAUUCAAAGCCAUCAAAUACAAAUGAUAAUGGUGGUAUUUAUAAGGAUUUAAAUUUAAAUGAAUUGGAUGAAAUUUCAUCUUGGAGUCCAAAUACUAUUGUUGAUUUUAAUAAGAGACAUGGUGAUGAUUCAUUACCUUCAAUAUGUUCAGAGAUUGAUUUUCAAGAGAUUAAAACUUGUGAAGGAUCAAAUUAUUAUCGAGCAAUGGUAACACCAACACCAGUAUUAGAUGAGAAUUCAAUGAAUUAUACUUUGAAACCAAAUUCACAAUAUAGAGCAAAGUUUAACUAUUACCCAAGAGAAUUCUCCAAACAACCUUUAAUUACAAUUUUAACAGCAUUUUAUAAUAUUGAGCCCGAUAUAUUUGAAGAAUCGGCUGCAACUGUUUUUGGCCAAUCACUUCAAAAUUUCGAAUGGGUAAUUGUAAAUGAUUGUUCACCAAAUCAAACAUUGGUUGAUUUAUCACUUGGAAAGUAUAGAGAAUUGGCAAAGAUUGAUCCAAGAAUUGUUAUUAUAGAUUUAAAAAAGAAUGUUCGUUUACCUGGUGCAAGAAAUGCUGGUGUUAAAGUUGCACGUGGUAAAUAUAUUGUUUCAUUGGAUCCUGAUGAUAUGUUUGAAAAUACCUAUUUGGAAAAAGCAGUUUGGUUCUUAGAAACCCAUAAAGAAUAUACACUUUGUAAUGCUUGGACUGUUGGUUUUGCAAAUAAAUCUUAUGUUUGGAAAAAUGGUUAUCAUAAUGGUGAUAGAAAUUUAAAAGAAAAUCAAAUUACUGUUGCUUCAGUAAUGAGAACUCAAGCAUUAAGAGAUGUUGGUGGAUUUGAUAGUAAAUUAAUUCAUGGUAUGGAAGAUUGGGAUCUUUGGAUAAGAAUGGCUGAUAAUGGUCAUUGGGGACAUACAUUAGAAGAAUUUCAUUUUUGGUAUCGUGUUAGUCCACCAGGUAAAUGGGACGCAAUUGAUAAUUUAGCAAAGUUUAAUGCAUUUUUAGAGAAUCAACAAGUAAAAUAUAAAAAUGCCUAUGGUAAAGGUGUUCCAAAAUUAUCAAGACCUCCACAAGAAAAGAUGGAAGCAGUGGAUGAUUUAAUUCCAUUUGAAAAUAAUUUAAAGAAAUGUAGACCACGUGUACUUUUAUUAAUACCAUACAUGGAAGUUGGUGGUGCUGAUCAAUUCAAUUAUAAUUUUGCUCAAGGAAUGGUUUUAGAUGGUUGGGAAGUUAGUAUUGCUACAACCAAAACCUCUGAUAAUAAAUGGUUCCCACAAUUUGCAAGAGUUACUCCAGAUAUAUUUAUAAUGCCAAGAUUCUCUAAAAAUACUGAUCAAUGUAGAUUCCUUGCAUAUUAUAUUAAAUCAAGACAAUUUGAUGUGGUUUAUGUUAGUAAUUCAGAACAAGCCUAUCAUUAUCUCUCUUAUUUAAGAGCAAAUGCACCUGGUCCUGCCUAUAUAGAUUAUACUCAUUCAGAGACUCCAAAAUGGAAAGAUGGAGGUUAUGCACGUUAUAGUUUUGGUUCAGAGAAAUUAUUGGAUAGAUCAAUUUUUGCAUCGGAACAUCUUCGUCAAUAUUGUAUAAGAAGAGGUCAUAAUGCAAAUAAAACAGCAACUGUUUUAAUUGGUAUCGAUAGUGAUAAAUAUGUACCAAAACCAGAGAAUAGAGCAAUUAUUCGUAAAGAGUUGGGCUUUCCCGAUAAUGUUUUGGUAAUUGUAUUUGUUGCACGUUUAGAAUCUGAAAAACAACCAGAAGUAUUUGCAGAAGUUUUAAGAAGAGUUGAUGAAAUGGGUUAUGAUUUUAGAGCGAUUUCAAUUGGUGGUGGUUUAUUAUUUAAUGAUUUAAAUGAAACUAUUUCAAAGAGUGGAUUAUCAGAAAAGGUUAGAUUACUUGGUAAUAUUCCAAACUCUCAAGUAUCAAAAUAUGUAUCUGGUUCGGAUGUUUUCUUCCUCCCAUCAAAAGUUGAAGGUAUUUCAUUGGCAAUCUAUGAAGCUAUGUCUCAACAAGUUUGUGCAGUAUCAGCAAAAGUUGGUGGUCAAGCUGAAUUGGUAACUCCAGAUGUUGGGUUUUUAGUUGUACCUGGUACACCAACUGAAGUUGAUGAAUAUACAGAGAUCAUUGCAGAUUUGGCAAGUAAUCUUACAUUGGCAUCUGAGUUGGGUAAGAAAUCAUUGGAAAAAAUAUUGAAUGGUUUCUCUGUAAAGGAUACACUUCAUAGAAUGAAAGAAGAAUUUUGUAACUCUGCCAUUGUAACACGUUAUACUACUCCAAUGUUUACCAAUAAAUUAUUUUCAAAACUUUCAAAUGAACAAGCAGUCUUGGGUCAUGAAUAUGAAAGAGCAAUCGAUGAACUUUUACCAAUGUGGAAUCAACUUACAUCUUUAACAAAACAAUUAGCACCACCACCAACUUUAACCGAAAAAGAAAUUAAACGUAAACCAUCACCCUAUCCAUUACAUAAACCAGAGGAAGUUUUAGAUUCAAUCAAUAUAACAGGUUUAAGAGUUGUAGAGAAUAUAAUGAUUGAAAAGAAAAAAGUUGAUAGAAAAAUGAAAAUUAUACUUAAAGAUUUUCAAGAACAAUUCAUUAGAAGAAAUCCAAAAUUUGCUGAUAAACAAUUGGUCCCAAAUGAAUUCCUUCAUCAAUAUAAUCAUGGUGUUGAUAAUUGGGAUGAUGAAUUACCUUAUCCAUAUCAACAACAAGAAUAUGUUGCAUAUAUUCCAAAUGCAUUUGUUGGUACAGGUGAAUCUGCAACCAUUUUCGAUUGGGAUAGAGUUUUUCUUUUAAAUUAUUCACCAACUCAACAAGAAACCUUUACAAUGCCAUUAGAAGAAUCAAGAAUUUGUCAUGUUGAAAAAACAAAAAAAAUGGUUACCCUUUUACAAAAACAAUUCUCUUUUGAAAAUUUUAUAAUAGAUCAACUUCCAAAAUUAUCAUUAGUACUUGAAGAAUUAGAACUUGAUCCAGAAAUUAAAAUACUUGUACCAUUUACAGAUUUUGCUAAAACCAUUAUGGUUGAUACAUUAAAGUUCUCACCAGAUAGAAUCAUUUAUUUUAAACCAGGAUCUGGUUGGGAUCCAUGUGUUGUUUUCUUUGCAAAUACUUUAUUACUUCCAACACCAAUACCACCUGGUCAACCACCAAGAGAAAUGAUUUCAAAACUUCGUGAUUACUUUUAUCAAAAGAACGAUAUAGAUAUUGUUGCUCCUAUUAAUAGAAAUGUUAUAAUGUAUGCCUCAAGAAAAUCAACAUUAUCUCCAUUGAGAAAAGUUUCAAAUGAACAAAAAGUUAUUGAAACCAUUAAAAACAUUUUACAAUCUCAAGGUGAAGGAAAAUAUGAAUUCAUCGAAUGGGAUGGUUUGGAAACUAUUACACCAGAGUUGGUUCAAUUAUCCAGUCGUGUUAAAAUUUUAAUUGGUAUGACAGGAGCAAAUUUAUUACCAAUGGUAGUUUGUCAACCAAAUACAAUCGUUGUAGAAUUUAUGCAUGAAAAUCCUUGGUUAUCAUUUUGGAGUACAUCUGAAUCAUUACAACAUGAAAAUUGGAUGAUUCCAAUUAAAGCAACAUCCCAUGAUUCUUUAGAAAUUCAAGUACCAAUUGAUCAAUUAACAAAUACUUUAAAUCAAAUUUUUAAUCCUCAACAACAACAACAACAAUCUUCUUCGUCUAAUUCCAAAUAA